AUGUCCGCAGAUAUGCUGCUACAAUGUGACCUUUGGUGGCAUGGACCUACAUGGCUGCUUCGCAAAGAAACCGAUUGGCCCGCGCAAACUUCAUUUGUCAUCGAAAACCCUGAUGUAUUACGUGAAUCACGAAGGGUCAAUUGUGCGGCAACACCAAUGGCAAGCGAGUCAUCAUUCAUCGAUGAACUAGUCGGCAAAUUUUCAAAUUACCAGCGUAUGUUGAGGGUAAUUGCAUUUUGUCUCAGAUUUGCUCGAAACUGUCAGCAUAACACAACGGCUCAUUCGAAUUUCAUUGGCAUAUCUGUAGACGAAGCAAGAGAAGCGGAAACCAGAUUGAUAAAACUCGUCCAGAAGCAAACAUUUGUAGACGAAUGGAAAUCGCUCGAGCAAAUGAAGCCUGUCUCUGCGAAAUCUCGAAUCAAAUGGUUUCAUCCGAUGUUAUCGCCUGAAGGCCUGAUACGAAUUGGAGGAAGACUAAAUCAAUCUCAUCAAUCCUACGACGCGAAACAUCAAAUCAUCUUGCCAUCCUCCCAUGCUUUAUCUAGCCUGUUAGUGAGAAGCUACCACGAAAAACAUCUUCAUGCUGCCCCUCAGUUGCUUCUUAGUACCCUUCGUCUACGAUAUUGGAUCAUAGGUGGCAGAAACUUAGCCCGUACAAUCGUUCACAAUUGUAUCGUUUGCGUCAGAGCUCGCCCAAAGCUCCUCGAACAGUUCAUGGCAGAGUUACCUUCCUCACGUGUCAUUGCCAAUAGACCUUUCUCAACAACUGGUGUUGACUAUUGGGGUCCAAUACUACUGAAAUCAACUAAUCGACGAGCCGGCCCACGAAAGGCUUAUGUAGCGGUCUUUGUAUGUUUUUGCACAAAGGCAGUACACCUGGAAUUAGUAGCAGACCUCAGCACUGCGAAGUUUAUACAGGCAUUGAGACGAUUUGUUGCACGCAGAGGACUGUGUUCAAACAUAUUUAGCGACAACGGAAGAAAUUUCGUUGGCGCUGCUAACGAACUUAAGUCACUUAUCCGUAGCAAACAUCAUCAACAGGCCAUCGCCGAGGAGUGCAACGAAAACGGUAUCAAGUGGCACUUCAAUCCACCUAAGGCGUCACACUUCGGUGGCUUGUAG